AUGGCUCCACCCAAAAAAGACGCAUUUGCCGACUUGUUCCUGUCGGCUACGGGCCUGGGCCUGGGAUCAUCGCUAAAUCAGAAUAUGAACAAGCUCUCCUUGCAGGAGCAAUUGCAUUCUCAGAAACCCAAAUCACAAAGUCCAUUCAAUGACUGGGAGGUAUUGUCAUCUGGGAAAUCAACCCCACCGGUCAAGCCAAGUUCACAGGCUCAGGAUCCUUUUCUGGUUUUUGAAAAUAAAAAGUCAGCACCAGCAUCAUCCAUUGACGAUGAUCUACUAUUCGGUCUAGGCUCCACAUCCAAGCCUUCUACACCCUCAGUUCCACAGCAAGCACCUAAAGCACCAAAGCAGCCAAAUAACAUGGACAAUCUCCUUGAUGAUGAUUUCACGGACGCAUUCACUCCUGAACCUGUCGCUCCUCCAAGACCUGAGCCAGAGCCUGAAAUUGAAGAAGAACCCAAGAUCCAACAACCUGUGGCUAGAAAGCCCUCUCAGGUUCCAGAGCUGGGGAGAGACUCCGUUUUGGCUGGUCUUGUCGACAUUGGCUUCCCCGUUGAUGUUUCCAACAAGGCGAUUGACCAGGUUGGACCAGAUCUUCAAGGUUGUGUGAAUUUCAUCAUGAGUGGAGGAGAAAGGACCCCAGCUUCGGGUCGGUCAUCCAGAUCAUCCAGACAGAACGCUCGUGCCAGUCCGCUGGGUCAACAAGACUUGGGUGCGGCGUUUCAGGAUUUCUCUACAGACAUGUUCAAGAAAGCAUCGUGGUUUCUCGCCAAAUCCAAGGAAACGGUUUCUAGAAACAUUGAGCAGUUCCAGGGACGUGAGAAGGAGAACAAUUCUAUGCCUGCGUGGAUGAGGCAGCAAGACGAAUACAAGGAACGUGCGCUGGAAAGGAAGAAGGAUGGCAGUAAUUAUGAAGAUUACGGAACCGAUGCAGAAAACAUUGACCAAGAAGAGAUUCAGCGAAUUAUCAGGUUGCAGAAGCAGCGCGAGAAGGAGAGACAGAGGCAGAGAAUCGAUAAGCUCAAAGAAGGUUUGAGCAGCAGCAAAAACAAAGAAAGCAGAGAAAGCCUGGCUCGUUCUUCCCCACAGCCACCCAUGCCUAGGAGGCCUUCUCUGGCAGCCAAUCAAAAGAUUCAACCACCUCAGGAACCUGCUAGGCCAGUGUCUCAGCCAGUUCAGCCUAAAGAUCAGCGUUCUAAACCUUCCCCAGCACUUCAAGAGGACGACUUAUUAGGCCUCAGAGACGAUUCCCUCACACCAAGUGAACGAUUCAAAGCUUCUCAGGGAGACGAUGAUGUGUAUGUCUCGUCUUCAAGAAGACGCCGUGCCAAGGUAUCUUCCAAGCCCCGUGUGGCUACCUCGGAAGCACUCAAUGCUUUCCAACAGUCAGAUUAUGAAACUUACAAAGCCAAAGGCACAGAAGCUUUCACGAACGGUAAUUACGACGACGCAUUCAACGCAUACACCAAGGUUCUCGAGAGCCUUCCAGUUAAACACGAGCUUCGCAUUGUCAUCACUUCGAACUUGGCUAUCACGAAUAUAAAGCUCGGAAAUUACAAGCUGGCCAUACAGUUGUGCGAUGAAGGUAUGGCAUUGGUGGGAGAAAACAUAAAUGACGCUGAUUGGGUCUUGAAUGAUAAGGAAAUAAAGUACUGGUACGUUAAGUUAUUGGCACGGAAGGCUGAGAGUCUUGAGAUGACUGAAAAUUUCCCUGCUUCGCUUGAGUGCUACAUGGAACUUAUAUCCAAGCAUGGUGUCAACGAGAAGAAAGUAAUGGAUGCCAAACGCAGAGUUAACAAUAUUGUGAACCCACCUAAACCAGCUCCAAAGAAGGCUCCCCAAGCAUCUGACAGUGCACCAAACAAGGACUAUGCCCAAGUGAAGAAAAUCAGAAAACAGAACCUUGAGGACAAGCAGCAGGAGGAGAAAAAGUUCAAAUUGCAUGAUCAGGUCCACGAUCGUGUCCAAGCAUGGAGUUCCGGUAAGGAGGACAAUCUCAGGAACCUCCUCAUGUCCCUUAGCGAUGUUCUUCCCGAAAGACUCGGCUUCCCAUUCAUCACUACGAAGAAGAUCACCAUUAAUGAUCUUAUGCUCACCAAAAAGGUCAAGAUUAAUUACAUGAAGGUCAUUAGUGCCAUUCACCCGGACAAAUUGGGUAAGUUCGAGUUGGAAGACCAAAUGGUGUGCCAGGCCGUCUUCAUCACCUUAAACAAGGCCUGGGACACUUUCAAGGAGCAAAACAACAUAGCAUAA